AUCCGACUGAUGUGCACGGAGAGUUCAAUCCAACCGUUGCAAGCGGGAUGACUUUACAAAAGAGCAAACGCCUCGUAAUCCCUGUUCGUACCUGGAAGAACAGUGGUAUACACCACAUGCCGAAUAAAUACAUCAACAUGGAAAAAGAAGCUGACGAUACCCAGUUUGCAUCACUGCAUUUUGACCUACUGGACUUCAUCUUCGCGAGCUGCUCGGACGGUGACCUGCCAACUCCAAGAAGAAUCAGCGUCGUGGGAAGCUGCUUAGCCUGCACAGAGCACGGCGGAGUGACGUACAUGAAAACAGAGUUCACCGGGCCCUUACAAUAUGCUGACUCCAUGAUCAUAGUGAGUUACGUGUGCCGAAAAAGAACUGAAAUCACAUUUCCUGGUGGGCGUAACUAGCCGCUUCUAGCGACUUCUCUUAGUAAUCCUGGCCACUUUAUAUCUGCGCGUUGUUGUUUCUCUUCUUCGUGCAAGAAGGUCGUAUGACUACAUAACUCUGUGGAGUGGACUCAGCACUGGUGUCGUCUUGUACAAUACGUUCGUAUUUAGCAGCUUUGGGUUCCCUCCAGAAUGCGCACCGUGAUUGGUUUCUAUAGUGCUCUUGUGUUUAUCUUGGUCCGGCGUCUCAAGUUGGUGGAACCGGUUUGGAAGAGCAGCUCAGUAUACAUCCAGCGCGUUGUAACGAUAGCACUUUUGUUUUCAUUAGUUCGUGGUUUGGAAGCUUCGCGUGCUCAUAUUUAUCGGCGUCUUUCAUCCAGAGGGUCAUGCGUGCUGGUUAUCACAGCACGCAUUUUGUGAAGGUUUAAACUUUUUAACUUGAAAGUUCGGCGCUGGCGCUUAAUUUGUCUGGGCUAUAUGUUACUACGACACUACCUUCAUACGAAAGCAGCAGCAGAAUGAGGUAGUGCAACCUCUUAUCAACUUCACCCUGCAUGUCCGCCGCACUCCGCCAACUGAUCUGAUCCACGGAUUCGCCUCAACCUCGCCUCACAAAACCAAAGAACGUAGACGUUAGGUACAACGUAGGUCGAAAAUGAAUCAGUGGGGGUUGUCUAAAUAUUUGCAGCUGGUCGUACUUAUGUACUUCAAGGCAAGAGAAUAAGUAGGAGUAUGAACGCUCUGAUAGGGCUUGUGUACAAAGAGAAGUAAGCUCUCUAGCACGACCUUUCCCAGAUACUUCAGCCAGUAUAUGAACUCACACGUGCACAAUAGCGUAGGUCAUCCCAAAAUCUGGCACUCUUGACCGCAUAGGUUGGUAGGCUCCAUAAAACCACUCCUUAAACCAAAGUCGCGCUUGCAAGUCGGACACAAAUGAGAAGUCAAGAUUGCCAUCAAAGAAAAAGUUUUUGAAAGUAGGAGCAGUGAACGAUAUAGCACCUACUUCUCGAGGCAUUUCUACGCCGGCAUGCAAGGGGCAUUGAAGAUACCGUGGACUGCGAGGGUCGACUGUCGCGUGAAAAUUUUUGAGAGGGAUCGGGUACUUAAAGUUACCGCACGCAAAGCCAA